AGUUGAAUAUUUACAGUCUGUGGUGAGGGUGGGACAGCAGUUGACAGUUGACAGUUGACACCGAGGGUGCCGGAUACGGCCCUGGUGGUGAUGCUUUCAGCAGUGUAGUCUAUGGUUGACACACAAAGGACUCAGAAGAGGACCAGGAAAGACCAUCACAGAGGGACUUUUUGAGCAGUUUUAUGACCCAGAUCAGGGACUUCGUGUUGGUCCAGACCCCCCCUCGGUGGUGGAUUCUCUCUGCCGUUUUCACGGUGCUUGUGUGGACGCUUGUUGAAGGUCAGCCUCGCGUGAUCAGUCCUCAGACAGUGAACGCCGCCCUGGGUGCGGACGUCGUCCUGCAGUGUCAUGUGGUGCCGGAAUACGACGUACAGAAUUACACCAUCGAGUGGUCCAGACCGAACCGGAAGAAGGAUCCGUCAGAUCCCCAGAGUGGGUACCACUUCGUCCUCCUGUACAGGUACAGGCAGGACGUUACCGACGUGAAGAUAAAGUCCUUCUUCAACAGGACGAGUCUCUUCACGGACUCCCUGAAACACGGGAACGCUUCCCUGCAGAUCAGGGAGGUCACCAUGGAAGAUCAGGGGACUUACAGAUGCUACAUCCCGCUGUUGAAGAGCCCAGUGAGGCAGACCCUCAUCCAGCUGGUAGUCGAUCCAGACUUUGGGAGGACAACAGAGAUGAUGGAUGCUGCAGAAAACACCGUCACUCCAGACAAUCUAGACGAUUGGGCCAUUUCAAGAAGUGAUCGCUCCCGUCUUGGUUUCUGGCUCUCUUUUUUGGUCUUCAUCGCAGUAUUUCUGGCUGCUGGUGGAGGCAUAUAUUUAUAUAACCACAAGUGCCAUGGACAAAAUGGUUUCAAGAAUGCUGAGCUCAUAUCGGCGUAGUUGCGUUGCUCAAACACAUGCUUGCAGUUGAUGAAGUUGAUGAAGUUGAUGAAGUUGAGAGCCCACCUUUUGGAAAUUCAUCUUCAGUUCAGAGUCAAACCAGCAGCUACAGAAAGGCCUGCCUGGAUCAUCAGAGAGAACUCUAUCUGAUGGAAACAGAAACUCACCUAACGACCUUUGAUGUGGCUGAAUCAAACCCUGGAGGAAUCUGGAGACCGGGUGUUUGGAAAGCGACAGAUUCUCUUCUCUGAACAAGUUUGUUUUGGACUUUAAAAAAAAAAAGAACUGUGCCAGACCUUUAAAUCCCCCCUGGAGGCUCUCAGCACUUCAUCAGCAGCAGGAUUGCUUUGUAUCACAGAAGACCUAUUUAUUCAUUCAUCUCUCUAUGAAGAGAAGAAUCCAAGCUUCAUGGCAGCAUUACUUUAUAUUACUUUUAAUGUCACACCUCAUCAGAGUCCUCAACAAGAAAGGAUCACAACCUCACCUGACCUCAGACUGACACAUGACGGAUGUUUCCUAGUUUGGAUCCAACUUUUUUUUUUAUUGGUGGGCUGGAAUCCCACCUCCUAUUUGAGUUAAAUUGACAUUCCUAAAUCCAGAAAGCUCAUUAUUCAAAUAUUAGCGGCCUCAGGAAACUGCAUAUCCGGUUUGGAUGGACGUACCUUGGAAGCUGGACAUCUAAGCUAGUCCUCUUAAUGAGAGAACAUUUUAAAUACCAACCAACCAAAAGAUGCUCAAACCCCUUAGUUAUUUAAAGCAAUCGGCAGCAGUUGAAUGUAACUUGAUGUGAUUUCCUCUCAUGGAGAAAGACCUUUUCUGGUUAGAUAAGAGAUACUAACCACGGAUAUUAAACCAAAGAUGUCUCUAACUUUCUUCUACUGACUCACAUGAAAAAAAAAGUUCCUAAGGAGUUUUUCUACCAUUCACUGGUUUUAUAAUUUAAAAGCUUUUCUAAUUUCCUAAGUUGAUUUUCUACUGAAAUAUGGAACCAUGACAAUGUUCCAAGACAAAAGUAAAUGACUUCUUAUUUUGUUACUUCUGUUAUUUAUGACUGAUAUUAUUUUCUAAACCUGCUGAAUUUAAAAUAUUGUUGUUUCCAGCAUAUAUCGGGCACAAAUGUUGAAUAUGAUAAAUGUCAAAGGCUAUGUGUCAAAUCAAAAGAAGAACUUUAGUUGUAGUUCGUAGAUGUAAAGCUAGCUUAACCAAGUGGCAAAGCUAGUGUUAGCCUGCUUGUGUAUUUUGUAUUGAUUCUGAU